CGGCAGAUUCUGUCCAAACUCGAGCGCGAGGAGAAAACAGCUCAGCUUCACGCGGACACUAAAAUGCAUCUUAUGCCUUCUGCUGACCGAAACAGCAGAGAUUUGCUGCAUCAUGCCUUGGGAUAAAGCGACCUCUGAGCAUUAAGUGUUGUUAUUCUCACAUCUCGUCAAAGUGUGGUGUUGACUGAAAUCCGCGCGAGUGUUAGGAAUAUCACUUACAGGUGCUGAAAAUGGCAACCAAAUACCUGAUGCUCAUUGCCUUGGGGACUGCGGUGAUUGGCAGCGCGCGCAGUUGCCCCGAGCAGUGCAAAUGCUCUGAUAAAUCAAACCACCAGUUAACUGAUUGUGCCUACAUAGGUCUUCUGGAAGUACCCGUGGGCUUGCCGUCCAAUGUGACCACCCUGAGUCUUUCGGCGAACAAGAUUAAAGUGCUGAAAUCCAAAAACUUUAGAAACGUGACCCAGGUGACCUCUCUUUGGUUGGCUCACAAUGAAAUCGUCACUAUCGAUAGGGGCACCUUCGCUCCAUUGAUUCAUCUGAAAAAUCUGGAUAUUAGCCACAACAAAAUAGUGCAUUUUCCAUGGGAGGACUUGACCAAUCUCACUGCCCUGCAGUUGUUGAAGAUGAACAACAAUGAGAUGGUCAGUAUCCCCAAGGAUACUUUUGCCAACCUGAAAGAACUGCGUUCGGUCCGUAUCAACAAUAACAAGUUUACCACCAUUGUGCAAGGAACGUUUGAUGCGCUGAUUACCAUGUCUCACCUUCAAAUCUUCCACAACCCCUUCACCUGCUCCUGCAACCUUGAGUGGCUCAGGGACUGGAUCGUCAAGUCCUCAAUCUCAAUCCCUGAGCAAAACAACAUCGUCUGCGAGGCUCCUUCCCACCUCAAAGGCACUCAGGUCAUCAGCAUGCCCAAACUGGACUGCAAGGCCCCGUCGGUGUCCAUCACAAAUCAGCCAAACAUCGAAAAAACUGAACUCUAUGAGGGAUAUAUGGUCACGCUUUACUGCGAAACAAAAGGAACCCCUAAACCCGUGGUCACGUGGGAGAUAUAUGCUGGAAACCAACUAAUCACAUUUCCUUUGCCGGCCGUUGUUGAGAAAAUUGAUGUUCCGAUUAAUGGGCCACCUACGAACGGCAGGUUCCUUGUGUUUCAAAAUGGCACCUUGAUCAUCCCUCGCAUUAGCAAGAAAGAAGACGGAAACUACACAUGCUCUGCCGUCAACGACAUGGGGAAAGCAGAGCGCUCGGUGAGGCUCGUUGUGGCGGGCGCCAAAAAGCACGCCAUCAAUCCCAUGCUGGACCCGAAAGCAUCCAGCCAUUUACCGGAAGACAAACUCGGCUCAAAAGGCUCCAAAAACAGCGUUAUUAGCAUGUGGCCCAAAUCUGAGGAGAAGACAAAGAGCCUUCCAACGGGAACUUCUCUCAUUAAGGUGGAUAAAGAGCAAGAGAAAGAAGGGACAGAUACUCUGCCAUUUGUUGGCAAAUGCGGAAUAAAUGAUGGCACACAGUACAUCUCCAACCACGCUUUCAACCUCAGCUUGGAUGAACUCAAACAGUACACAUUUGAUUUCGGAGUCAUCGCUUUGGAAGUUUCUGAAACGGAGGCCAAAGUUCAGUUGAACCCUUUCCAAAUGGCAAACGCCAAGUCGAACGUUCACCUCAGCCAACAACUAGACCUCCAAACUGUGAAUAAAGAGCUUUUUAGUCUAUUCCAGGCGUCCACCAAAAAGUUACCCCUGGAUAUGUUGUACCUUUGCGUCAGUACUGGCAACGGACAUUCAGUGGUGCAGUGGUCCAAGAUAGAGGAGGGCGUCAACGCCUAUCGCUUCCAGGGCCUCAAGCCAGGCACUAAUUACACCCUGUGCCUCACCUAUGGGGGCCAGGACUGUCAAGUCCAAGUGGUCUUCACAACUAGAAAGAAAAUCCCAUCUUUGCUAAUCAUAGUGGUCGUUAGCAUUUUUUUGCUAGCUUUGGCCACCGUUCCCCUGCUGGGCGCCACCUGCUGCCAUUUGCUCUACAAGUACCAAGGCAAGACCUACAAGUUGAUCAUGAAGACGCAAAACCCAGAUCAGAUGGAGAAGCAAAUAGCGACGGACUUCGACCCCAGGGCGUCUUUCGCGGGAUCCGAGAAGAACUUCAACCCGAGCGAGCUGGAAGAAGGAGAGGCGGAGGCUGACGGCGAGGAGGGGGACGGAGAAGGAGAGGACGCCGAGGGAAGCGUGGUGACCGAGUCCAUUCCCGAGUCGCAAUCCAAAACGCAGGAGGAGUUUGAGGUCGGGUCCGAGUACAGCGAUCGGCUGCCGCUCGGCGCCGAGGCGGUAAACAUUUCUGCGGAGAUCAACGGUAAUUACAAACAACCCCGUUGAGAUGUUUGCAGAUAAAACACAAUAGAAACCAGGUGAACACGGACUGUCAGCUCACGUAAUACAGACACGCGCUGGGCAAAAAAAUAAAAUAAAAUAACGCGCGCGCGCUCAUUUUACCUCAGUAUGUUAGCAGUAAGUGCAUAAGAUGAGUGUUCAUUACUACAAAUUGAGAUUUGUCGAGUGGACCGAAACGGACAAAACUAUCUUUUUAAAAAAAACAAACCUCAUUAAACAAUUCACCUUCCGUGAGUCUUGUCACUUUAGCAUAACCGUAAACGUACAACGUCUGAAGUAGCAUCCAUUUUAAGUCGAGCGCAAGCGUUAUUGUAUAUGGGACGUCGAGCGCUCUCUGAGGGGGGAAAAACUAUCACCGUUACUCUUUUCACGGCAUGCGUGUGUCUGGAAAACCAGCCGGAUCACCCCGAGAAUAAAAAAAAAAAGUUUGUUAAGUGUAAUGUGGGAUCCCGAAAUGUGUGAUUUCUAAUCUCUUUGCGAACGGGUGCUUUAAAAAUAUCUCUCGCCUUUACGAACCGACUGAACGUGUCCUUUCUUCUCUUUGAGAUAGCCUACUUGUUCGUGGCAUGUCACACAAAAGUAUUUUCAAGUGUGUUUUAUUAGGAAUACUAUAGACUGUAGAUAUUAAAUGUCGAUUUGUGAUGUAAGCCAAGUAACCCCGAGAAGAUGUAUUCUCUUUUUUUAUAUAAAUAUCAAUGGUCCGUUUUUACCAUCAGUCAAAACGACAUCCGAGUGUCCGGUAAAUUGACGCGUAGUGACUUGUUUCGUGUCCGAUGAUGUUGUAAAAAUACUCAAACCUUUUAAAGAUUUUGAUAUGAUUUUAUGUACGUGACCUUAAUAAAACGUUGAACGAA